GCCUCCAGUACAGCUGCGUGAGUGCAAUCUAUUUUCGUUUUCUCGAUAAACACAAUCUUUUCUAGGAAUGCCUGAUUCAUGUUUUCCUUUAGGUGUGUUCAAUCAAAUUCUUUCAAUCCGGGAGUUAAUCCUAAAAUUAAAAUCACGGUUGUUAUGUUAUGUUCGCUUCAACUACGCUACAUUCAUGGAGAUGAAAUUGAUCAAUGAAUGAAUGAAAUGUUGUGAAUGUAUACGAAGUGUAUUAUAUUGUGUAGGUGCUAUCAACUGAGAUAUCAUAGUGUAAAUAAACUUACACUGUCAAAUGAAGAAUUGAAACUCGAUGAAUGUGGACCAAUAAUGAAGACCUUGACACUCACUUGAAUUCCGAUAAAGCACUAACUGGCAGGCAUGCACCAUCGGAGUCUGCGCAUAGGAGGUCUGGGAACCCUAGAACCUGGAGCACUACGCACCAGGCCAUACGAUGGUAAAAUAGCCGGUCUGUAUGAUCUCGAAGAGACCCUUGGCAGCGGCCAUUUUGCCGUCGUCAAAUUGGCCAGACAUGUCUUCACCGGCGAAAAGGUUGCUGUUAAAGUGAUAGACAAAAGUAAACUGGAUGAGAUUUCCAAGGCACACUUGUUCCAAGAGGUGCGCUGCAUGAAACUGGUUCAGCAUCCCAACGUGGUCCGGCUCUACGAGGUGAUCGACACCGCCACCAAGCUCUACCUGAUCCUCGAGCUUGGCGACGGUGGCGACCUCUACGACUACAUAAUGCGCCACGACACGGGUCUGUCCGAGCAGCUGGCCAAAGAGUACUUCAGGCAGAUCGUGCGCGCCAUCUCCUACUGCCAUCAGCUGCACGUGGUGCACAGGGAUCUCAAGCCGGAGAACGUGGUGUUCUUCGAGAAGCUGGGCGUGGUGAAGUUGACCGAUUUCGGGUUCAGCAACAAGUUCUGCCCUGGCCAAAAACUGGAGACUUCCUGCGGCAGCCUGGCGUAUUCGGCGCCCGAGAUAUUGCUGGGAGAUUCUUACGACGCGCCUGCGGUUGAUAUUUGGUCCUUAGGCGUUAUUUUGUACAUGCUCGUCUGUGGUCAACCACCAUUUCAAGAAGCCAACGAUUCAGAAACCUUAACCAUGAUCAUGGAUUGUAAAUACAGUGUUCCAACUCAUGUGUCUCCUGAAUGUAAAGAUUUGAUUUCGAGGAUGCUGGUAAGAAAUCCAGAGAAGAGAGCGACUUUGACUCUGAUCAAAAAACACCCAUGGUUAGAGGUUGGAAAAGAGGACAACCCUCCCCUUGAUAUACUUCCUCUAGUUUCCAGAGAACAGUUGUCUGAAGAAGAUCACAAUUUUAUUGUCCAAAAAAUAGUGAAUGGAAAUAUCGCAACCAAAGAAGAAAUACAUGAAUGUCUGGAUAAAAACGAGUACAAUCACAUAACGGCCACCUACUAUCUUCUGGCUGAGCGAAAGCUGAGAGCCAACAGACAAGAACAUACAAACAAAAUGCAAAGGCCGGAAAAUCUAGCGGUGCAACCUACAGUACCAAACAAGAAGCAUAACAAUGGAACGAAUGCCGCUCCUUUCCUUUUAUCUGUCCCAAGAACUCCUGGAGAUAUACCACAGCGAUCUCGAAAGUGCAGCAUAGUCCAGGAAGACGAAGAGGAGGAAGAUAUCUCCACAUGCUCCGCUCACGAGGAACUAAACGUACCACUGAAUCGAAGAGGAUCAAAAUCGGAAGGUCGAUUGAAUUUGGCCCUGCAAGAACGACUGGCCGAGACGGAAAAGAGAAAACCUGCAGAUAUCCCGGAAAAACCAGAACUCAAAAAGGAGCCGAAACCCUCAGAAAACCCCCACCUGAACUGGAGGUUGAACAAGAACAAAUCGGUGGACUCGCCGGUUCAGUCGAAGAUAUUGAAGAGCAGGAAUUCCUCAACCUGCUUACCGCCCACUACUGUCAUCACCGAAUCUUCAACCAUAUCUAUAUCGAUCAUCACUACUACCAACCUUGUGGGUUGUUCCAAUAUCCCUAAGUACAAGACGAUGCCUUCCCCGACCAGGACGUCGCCUUUGGGUUCCAACUCGAGCACCCUGAACGAGAUAUUCGAGGAGGGCGAGAGCCAGAACAGCGGAAAGCCGUCGAGACAGUUCGUCAGCAGGAACCAGAACAGGACGCCGUACGAGCAGCGUAAGUCCAAGUUUCACAAAGCCAGGACGGCUUCUUGUAGUUCCUCGGACGCCAGCGAUGAUGACAGCGAGAAGAGGAAAAAGAGGGCGCAUAAACUGGGAACCUCGGCCAAGCCCUUUCAGGGCAGGAGGGAUAGUCACGAUGACAGUAGCGAUUCGCAGGAACCUGGACCUGGAAACGGGACGUCGGGUUCUAAUGCGAAUAACAUCAGCAACAACAUCACCGUGGAGCAGAAUAGGACCAACGACAGUCGGGAGACCAAGGAGGAGAACAGCAACAGUGGUGGCAAUACAGGUGGGAGGCAGCACAUCACCAAUUGCAGCAUCCUGAUCGGCAAAAAACACAAAUCUAGUCGAAGGAGAAACGGCGAGACUCGAUUGCGAGAAAGUCAGUCCCUGAACCGCAUCACCGAGGUGCAAGAAGACACGACACACGCUCUGGUCAUCUCCACAGCCAUCGUAGGUACCCAAGGCGUCAUCACAGCCAAGACCAGCAAAGGGAUAGGCGCCAAGAUACUCCAGGCGAUGAACAACAAACGUAGCGUAGACGAGAAGAGCGAAAAACCUGCCAAAGACGAAAAGAACGCCCAUCACGUGUCCCGGAAAGACAACGUUAAGAGUUUGUUUGACAGUAUCGAAGCGGAUCCGGGCACCAAGGUGGUUACUUCCAAUCGGUCGGCCGUAAAAAAGAUGAGGCUUAUCGGGAAAUACUUCCAGGUGCACAAAAGGCUGUGCAUACCGAUCCAAGGUCUCUUCACCAAGAACCGGCUGUACAAGGCUCAGAGCUGCAGUUCUCUGGCGCGCGAUAAGAUCAACCCGGACGUCGUCAACCGCCGUCAGAGGGCGGUAAGUGUGAUCAGGAACAAUGACGGUGACAUCAACCAAAACGAAAAUGAUCGGUUGCAGAAGAAAUCGCCAGUGAUCCAGUUGAAUGGAGUGUGUAAUGAGAUUACCGGUAUUUGUGCCAUCCAUUUGGGACAAGCGUCGAAAUGUUGUAGUUUUUGUUAGCAGAUCUCGAACGAUCGUGAUAAAUAAGCCAAAGUUUGAUGUUUUAGUCAAAUGUGUAUCUUUUCUGAUGCUUUGAUCAAGGGUCGGUCCAAGGACAACUUAACUCGAAGGUUUCAAGGUAUUUCUUAUUCUUUAAUCAUCAUCAUCAUUUCAAUCUUUGAGCAGGAAUGACUUCAAGUUUUUUCGACUAGUAUUGAAUACAAGGUGUCUCGAAAGAAAGUUUAUUGGUUGAUAAAGAAAAACACAUCAUCCGAAGGUUUACAUUUGGAUAGUGUGUUUUUCUUUUUCCUGGUGGUUUUGUGAUAAUCCAACUAGAAAAGUCCAUUAGGGUUAAAUAAGGAUCAAGUGGAGUCCAAUAGCGCUCUAGUGAUGGCAACCUCAUUCCAAUAAAUCUCUAUGUGAUCUUGAAAUUUUCUCCUAGAAAUGAAUUUACAAGAGAAAAUACAUGAUCUUGUAGAAAUUUAUUAAAAGUGACUGCUGUUGAGAUCUCCAUAGCGACCAUUGCCAUGUCCAUGGAAGUCAAUUGGCCUCCACCCAUUUGUGAUUUAACCCUUAUGAACUUUUUCACAAAUCUAAAUAUAACGCAAAAAACCAACCUUUUCGGAACAUUCAGAAUUGAAUGUCUCUCUCGAUUUAGAAGUCAUUAUAGAAUGGGACCAAGCCCUCAUAACUUUUUAUGCAGCAAAUGUGAGUUUUCACAAUUAUAACAUAUUGUUUAGGAAAUGCAUCUCCUUAAUAUAGUCUUAAAUUUUGUUCAAGUUGCGUCUCAUUUUUUUCAUUUAUCCAAUUAUAAACUUUCUUCUUCGACUCCCAACAAAAAUUUAUAUUUUACAUUGUUACUAAUAUUUGAAGCAGCAAGAUUUCCAUUGCAGCUUUUGUUCAAUUUGCUCGAAGGUUAAAAAGACUUUGAUCCAAAUAAGUUCAAAAUUUUCUCCUUGUGAAUAUUUAUUGAUAUGUCUGAAUAUUUGUGUCUUACAUCUGUAGUAUCAUCACAUUAUCAACUUCUUGUUAAGUUAUCAUUCAGCGACCCCUAUUUUUGUUAGGUGAACUCUCCAUCGAAUGAAGCAGAUAAAUUUUAUGCAUACAAAGUUUGAAGUCUAACGCAAAAUUUGAAUGAAAUAGUUCAGUUAAGAAGCCCAAAUUCCUAUGUUUUGAUAAAAAACAUGAGGACUUUAGAGAAACCAAAAUACGUGAGCGAGUAAAAAAAUUUUUACAAUAUCUGGUUAGGUCUACUAGCAGAUUCAUUAAAUCUUCUAAUUCACUCUAGCUGAACUGUUAAAUCAGAAUCAUAUUCUUGAAAAAGUGGAAUUUUCCAUUCUUUCGUAUCGAUUAAAAAUUUUCAAAUGAUAAAAAUCUCAGAUGUAUUCACAAUAAUUUGAAUGCUAAAACAAAUGACAUAAGCAUAAGUGUCAAACUUGUUUACUCUUUACCUUUAGAUGAAUUAUUCUAAACUUGUAUUUUUGCCUGAUUCAGGCAUUUCGUUCAAGUUUCAUAUUUCAGCUGUUUCUCAAGAAUUUAAUUUAUAUUCACAAAAAAGGUCAUUUAUAGAUUUUAACAAAAAAAUCAUCGAAACUCCAACUCAUUUCUUUCAAAUUUGUUUUAUUAAUUCAUUUCGUGAAGGACUGUUUCACCUAUAAACAAAAAUUCUAACCAAAGCUUCGAAUAUCUUUUUUAUAUAUAUUUUCAAUACUUGCUGUUAAAUUUGUACAGGGUUGCCAACUAAAACUGGACAUGAAAGUUCAAUCUUAUAUUGUAAGAAUAUAUUGGGACAGCAGGUGUGUACUUUUUUACCUGAUCUGUUUUUUUUUUACCAUAUUAUCGGCUUGAAACUUCAAUGUCAAGUUUUCUCAUGAACAGCAUAAAUAUUUUCCAAGAAAUUACAAAAAAAUCAUAGUUUUUCAUAUUUGUUAUAAUAAGAUUAGAAUAAAGUACUUAGUGUUCUCAUCUCAAUUCAGUUGAUUGUAAAAACUUUCUUUUAGAUCUGAAGGUUUUAUCUGCUGGUCAGAAAAAACAGAAAUUAUUGUUAUCCAUGGUCGGCUUGCAUAAGUUGUGUUUUGUUUAAUAUGUAAAUGUAGUGAAUGAUGAUACAUUUGAAGUGAAUCAAAAAAAUGAAAAUUUUCUCUCGGUUUUUCAUGAAUACAUUUUCAAAUGAAUACCUACUGUGAAUAUACGUAGAAUUAACAUGACACCUCAUAAAUUCGAAUAUGUUUCAUUCCCGCUUAUAGUGUAUCUUCAUUUUUAAAUAAUUUGUGAAGACUGAAAAUAGAAAAAAGAUAUCAAAGUUCGUUGUACAAACUUAUAUAUAUAAUAUAAUAAUAGUUAUUGAAUAGUGAAUACAGUUGAUUGUAUAUCUCUCUCAGAAUUCUGAACUCAAAUACAUCAUACUUAGAAAUGAAUUUCUGAAUUUCUUCUGAACAAUCAAUUUUCAUGUGACUGGACCAACAACAUGCAUUUCUAUUCAGUCCAUGAACAAUUGGCUAGUGUGUUAGUGUUCUCUGAAUUUGUCCUGAGGGAUGUAGGUAGCUGUAGAAUAACACAAGGUGCUAAUAUUUUUCAGUUUGAUUUCACAAAUAAUAUGUGGAAUCCUUUAUAUUUCUGUCUACUUUUGUACCAUGUAAGCUGAGUUUCAUAACAACUUCAUUAUAUGUUCUCGUUUAGAAGUAAUGUCAUGUUACUCAAUUCCUGUAUGUGCCGUGCACAAUUUUAUAUUUAGGUAUUUUCGGAACAGCUGAUGAUAUUUAUUUCAAAACAGAAUCUAACUUUUGUUGUGCCUUUUAUUUUCAUAGAUAGAUUGAUGUCAAGCUGGUCUUGUCAAUAUUAAUGGAUCUAAAUGUAUGCAUCUAUGCACGAAUAAAACCAUUUAACAUC